CCAGCCUCGCGCUGUCCCUACGGCUCCCGGCCGCUCGCACCCGCCGUACAAUACGAGCUUGCUACACAAACAAUUCGCCGGGUUUUUUUUGUUCACUUUUCUUUUUGUCAAAUUGAAGUGCGUAAAAAUGGUCCUUUUGUUUUGAGCGCUCUGUCUUUACGCGUGCUCCGGUAUCUCGCGUUCCCGUUUCCCCUCCUCGCGCCGUACAGUAAUGUGCUCCGUUUCUGCAGACUGGUAGCGUCUGGAUUCUCUUCUCCUCAGGAACCUGCACUGGAGAGACUAAACCAGGAUGGUAACUCACUGUCUCUAACCAUCUCGGUGUUGAAGAAGGCCAAAGACCAUCGCCAGACAUCUCCUGCGACCCCCUGAAACUGAGCUCCCGUCAUGUCUAAUAUAAACAAUGCCCUUUGCAUCGAGAGUGGACAGAACGCUGACGUGUCUCUCUUGCAGAAGGACAGUCUGCAAGAUAGUGGAUUAAAUCAGCUGUUGGAUUACAAUGCGGAAAUAGAAAGGUACCGGUCUUUCGCAAACUUCUACAAAACCAAUGGCGCGUUUCCGCAGACUGCCAAGAUCGCCCGCAUAACCACGCCGAUCUUCCCAAGCGCGCGGAUCGGCGUGUCCCCGUGGAACUGCGAUAACGCCAUGCUCUGGGGGAGGAAAUCUGCAACAAUAAACCCCAACAGGACCGGCGUGCACAGGAACGAGUCCCAGAGGCCGGGGAAACCUGGCAUAGCGCCAGAAACGCUGCAAAUGGCAAAUAAUAAUUUCCUCUCUACCUUAUCCCCGGAACACUGCAGACCUUUAGCGGGAGAAUGCAUGAACAAGCUGAAAUGCGGCGCUGCCGAAGCAGAGAUAAUGAAUCUCCCCGAACGCGUCGGAACUUUUUCCGCCAUUCCGGCUUUAGGGGGCAUCUCAUUACCUCCCGGGGUCAUCGUCAUGACAGCCCUUCACUCCCCUGCUGCCUCUGCUGCCGUUACAGACAGUGCGUUUCAAAUUGCCAAUCUGGCAGACUGCCCACAGAAUAAUUCCACCGCAUCCAGCGGGAACCCGGCGAAGAAGAAGAGGAAAAGGUGUGGCGUGUGCGCCCCCUGCAGGCGGCUCAUCAACUGCGGCGUGUGCAGCAGCUGUCGGAACCGCAAGACGGGACACCAGAUCUGCAAGUUCCGGAAAUGCGAGGAGCUGAAGAAGAAACCUGGAUCGUCACUGGAGAGGACGCCGGUCAGCAACGGAGAAGCAUUCCGAUGGUUCUUUUAGGCCCAAAACCAAGUCCAUCAUCUGACUGACAGCAAAAAGAACUUGUAGGGCUCCCAGAAACCCAAAACCAAACCCGGGCAAUGGAGGAGAGACAGAAGAAGACAGAGAAAGAGAGAGAGAGAGACAAAAACAGAGGGAUGAAGAGAAAAGAUAAAUGAAAAACAAUAUGGUGUUGGUUUAACUCUGUAAUUUCUUUUCCUGUGUAAUUAUUGUACCUUUUGACAGUAUCAUAUUGUAUAUUUUUCGGUGUCUAUGAAUGUGUUUCAGUGUUGUGGCUGUGCGAGUUGCAGCCGUUCUCAUGUAAAGGACUUCCGUAGACAAUCAUUACAACCUGGAAUAACCAGUAUGGAAGUCAGCCGGGUUCCCGACCCGCCCCAAUGCCACACGGAGCCCUUUGACCUGCAGCAAUAACCCCGAAGGUGAACACUGUUCAUGCUUCAGCUGAAGUUUCAUUUGGAAGGAUCUUAUGGGACGACACCUUCCCGCAGCCCGAUGGCGUCCCAUCCUCUGGGAUGCAGGCGCUGUCUUCCGGAAUGGAUGCAGUAGGAACAGACCCCAGCCAUCAUGAACCUCUGUGGUUCCCCUGUUGUUUUGGUUUCGGGCACCGUGUUACAGGGCAGGGCAUAUUGUCCUGCUAACACGACGCUUAUCUUCUUUUUCAUUUUCUUCUUUUUUUGUGAUGUGAAACAUCCUGAUUUGAAGGUGGUUCAGUAUCACUGAAACACUGGAUCAACAGUCAUUCCUAUAGCUGAUUUUCUCUUGGUUUCAGGUGAAAUGUUUCAUUGAAAACUGUCUUAAGGUAGAGGUACCAGUAAAGAAAUUCUAGUUAACAGUGAAGCAUCUGAAUUCAUCGUUUUAAUACGGUUCAGUCCAGAAGACCUCCAGUAUCUGGGCAGGUCCCUGAGGGAGGACGCCCACACACGCGCGCGCGCCCAGCUCGGUGAUAGUGUGUAGUAGAGAAACCGCACUGACACAUUCCAACCUGAAGAAUCCUGUAAGUCACUCCCUGUCAUACGCCCUGCUGUUGCAUGUGUAAAUGUGUUUUGGUUUUAAAGAUUACUGAGAAUUUGUAUAUUGUUGUUGUGAUGCUUUUAUGUGUUCCAAAAAAGAAAAAAAGACAAAAAAGUAUGAGGAAAAAAAUAAUAAUUUGAUGUCAACGAAUAAUGGAA